AUGCGUCGCGUUAAAAUGAAUAUUAACCCGGAUCUCGGGGAUUUGGAGGAGAUGCUGGCUCAUGUGCAGACACAGAUUGAAAGGGAGAUAGAUUUGGAGAUAGAAUCGAAGAUGCCUUCGAUCGUCAAUGUUCAGGAGUCACCAAAAAUGAGGCGGUCAGCAUCAGUCAAUAAAGGAGAUGCUCUAGAAUACAGACGACCUCCAAGACCAAAUAUAAAUCGUAUGAACAGCGAUAUAAUUCCCUCCGAAAACGAUUACGCACAUACAAACACACAGAACGGCCUACGAGGUUCUCAGACCAGCUUAAAAUCCAAUGAUGAUACGCUAUCCCAAAUAUCAUUUCAAUCGUUCAGAUCAGAACCUGUCCAACGACAUUCAGUCAUGAGCCUCCCUGAUAAAAGGGAUUCCAACACCUUGAAUGGAAGAGGAAAAACAGCCACCUUACCACGUGGAUACGGAUCGAAUAGGGAAAAAAAUUGGGAAGAGUAUUGGGCACAUGAGCAGUCUAUAAGCAGCGCCCGCGCAUCAGUGAUGGUGUACGAUGAUGCCAUGAAGCGUUGGAUACCAUCAGGGUCGAGCUCCGGGCUGUCCAAGGUCCACAUCUAUCAUCACACGCAGCACAACACGUUCAGGGUUGUGGGGAGGAAGCUGAAUGAUCAUGAGGUGGUCAUAAACUGUGGCAUUGUCCGUGGCCUAAAGUACAACCAGGCCACAGCCACAUUUCAUCAAUGGCGUGAUGCCAGACACGUCUAUGGGUUGAAUUUUUCAUGCAGAGAAGACGCAGACAGCUUCGCUAGAGCCAUGAUGCAUACUCUCGAGAUCCUGGCGAAUAAAGUGGCAAAUAACACGGCGCCACCAGCGCAGGUUCCAAAUCCACCAGUUCCUUACAACGGCCACAACACACACUACGAUGAAGACAUGGGAUAUAGAACGAUGACCAGAGAAGAUGCAGCGAUCUUACAACAGCCUCAGUACCACGCGCCACAACACCAACCACACCACCAGCCGCAGCAUCAGCCACAACAGCUGCCACAUCAGCCACAACAGCUGCCACACCAGCCACAACAGCCACAACAGCUGCCACACCAGCCACCAAGCCAGUACCACGCACCGCAUCAUCAUCACCAACCGGCUGCCCUGCCAGCGAAUGUCGCGUCCCCCGCGCCCGCGCCGCCCCCGCACGCCGUACAUACAUUACCACACGCGCCACCACACGGACAUCAUCGAACUAACAGUGCUCCAAUGCCCCCUAACAUGUCUCUGUCAGCCGCGGGUGCUCCGCCCCCGCCGCCCGUGCCGCCGCAUCAGAAUCUGCCUCCACCAGCUAAUGGUCCGAUAGCGCCCCCCACUCCUCCCGCUGCGCCACAACCACCACCGAUGCAACCGCCCGCGCCCGCGCCGCCGCCUCCCCCUCCACCGCCGGGGUCUGUACCAAGCCCCGCCCCCGCGCCGCCGGCCGUAACUCCAAGCCCCGCCCCCUCGGCGCCAGCCCCGCCUCCUCCCCCUCCUCCUCCCUCCGCGGGCACUGACGCAGCAGGACUUGCGGCACAGCUACAACAGGCUAGACUGAAGAGACAGGCAAAGCAGCAGCAGCCGUCCCCCUCCCCCGCGGCGGGCGAGUCCUCCCCCCCGGAGCCCGGCGCCCGCGGAACUCUUCACACUAUGAUGCAUGAGAUGCAACGAACACUGGCUAGGAGGAGGGCUCAUCUCGCUCAUCUAGAUAAAAAUGAGGAGUCAUCUACUGAAAGUUCAGCGAGCUCGACCCCUAUGAAGUCUUGGGAAAGAUCUGCCACCCUGCCGCAUCGACUACCCAACGGAAAUACGCCUGUGAAUGCUGAAUGUAAUCCCGCCGCGCAGUCGCCGCGAGCAGCCAGGAAGAGAUUCGGUUCAGCUAGCGAGGAAACUAUACUUAAGCAAGUGAAUGGCUCGGGCGAGGGCGGCUGCGCGUGCGGCGGAGCGGCCGAGUGGGACAGCUUCAAGCAGGACGUGUUGAGGGAGAUACGGGCGCAGGUCGCUGCUAUGAAGAGGGAUAUAUUAGACGCCAUGAAAGCAGAGUUCGCCCGGAGGUAA